AUGGCGCGCAGUUGGCUCAUUGUUAUGCUUGGAUGCGUCAUCUGUCUCUCCGCGAAGAUCUAUGCGGCCCCAACAAAUCAUAGCGCAGGGCACAAUCAGACGUCCAAAGAUGAAAUCGUGAAAAUGCCCGUUAUAGCUCGUGGAGAGGUCGAUGCGACUAGUUUCGCUUGGGUUCACAACAUGGCUGCUAUAGGAGACAGCUUUACAGCUGGAAUCGGGUCGGGUUACCAACUAGGAAGUUUUUUUUACGAUCGUGCAAGCUGGUAUUGCUCUCGAUACGACCUUGCAUACCCAGAACUUAUCAGGCAGAUAAUUGGGCCAUCGCUCAACGAAUAUCAAUUCGUCGCUUGCAGUGGUGACCGAUCCUCACAGAUUUAUGAGCAAGUUAAGGAAUUGAAAAAGGAUAUAGAUAUGGUGGUAAUGACGGCUGGUGGGAAUGACCUUUGCCUGGCUGCUAUGAUCAAGAAUUGCAUCAUGUUGCCCUAUAACGGCGAGGAGACAUGCAAUGUUGUUAUAGAUCAAGCACAGAAGAACAUUGACACAAUACUCAAACCUAAUUUGAAGCAAAUCCUGUUGGCCCUUGACGACAAAAUGGCAAAAGAUGGCAUUGUCGUAUAUAAUGGCUAUGCCCGUUUUUUCAAUACUGAGGAUGAAAAAUGCGCAACAGACCAACAGUGGAAUAUACUUCACUGGUAUCUCAAAUACUGGUUUAAAACGCCCCUGACACUCACUGUUGAGCGACGAAAGAAGUUUAACGUGUUAGUUGAAAACAUUAAUAAGGCCAUUAGAGAGGUUGUGAAAGACGUCUCAGAUGAGGUUGACUAUAAUAUUGGGUUUUCUGACUGGGAUCUUUGGGCAAUCGAAGGUGUGGACGGCCAGAUGUGCGACCCAACCUCCACUGGAAAAUAUCCGGAUAAAAACCAACCCGACCUUCAGUUCUUCAAGGGGGACACCCACAUUAGAUCCUGGUUCCAUGAUGAGCUCAAGCGAAGGCAUAUAGAGUCCGUCGAUGAGGGAAAAGCAAAUCACAUCAACAAGGAUAUUUAUAAUAGCCUGCUUUGGAAAUCCCCUUCACCACGUGCAGAAAUACUCCACAGGCUAGAUAAACGUGCUCCAUCUCCUCCCAAUUGUCCCGGUGAUAAUGACUGGCCAGAUUCGACACUCGGCCUGGGGCUGCCAGACAGCUUUGGAAAACUAUUUCACCCCAAUGAGCUCGGUCAUCAGACCAUUGCUUCUUUCGCGUUGGCGGAGGCAAUUGACCUCCGAGCAAAAGUAUUAGGGCUUGAGCCGCAAUCCUGUGAAAUUACAGAUGAAUUCAAAUGCUGGCAAAAAGUGGGCCGCAAAGGAUAUGUGACGGCUACCAAGGCAGAUGAAAAUUAUAAAGAUUUCUGCAAUGGGGUCGUGCAGCCUUCGCAUACAGUAGGCUGGACAAGUGAGAAAACCUAUUUCAAAGACACGCCUGAUGAGCAUACCUUCAAAGUUCAGCUGGGGAAGAAUACAGCGGACUUCAAUAAAAAAGAGUGUUUGGAGUCAUUUGAGCGCAUCAUUCAUGGAUGCGAUGGCAAUGAUGUCAAUAACCCGCUAAAUUGGAAGUUUGGUGGGAUGUGGAGGCGAGGUGAAUAUACCUAUGAGCUAACUGUUAAGCGCGAAAAUAGACCAUGGCCUCUUAAAUCACCCUAUGGUUUCUGUGAAGGGAUAUAUAGGGCUUUUUAUUCGUCAUAUACCUUAAAAGGUGCCGGUUUCAGCAGUUGGGAUUCUGGCCAGGAAACUCUCGUACCAAACAUGAAAAGCUGCUUCGGGUUAGGCCUUACAGCGUAUAAUUUCAAGUACUUCAGCGAGCCAGACAAGGAUGGGAUGGAAUGGGAGGUAACUUUCAAGACACCCAUCUGGGUCCAAGCGCGAUGCUUCAAUAACAACAAAGUUGUCUUUGCUGCUGGUGGGUUCACAAAUGGUUGCAGGGGCACUGGUUAA